AUGGAAAACCAACCAAAAACGUAUACUCGUGACGAAUUAAAGAAGAUCGCACCUGGAUAUCGUGGCAAACCAGAAAACUUUGAUCCACACAAGAUCAAGACUGGAAAGCCGAACCAAAAACAGGCAAAGACACAACGUCCGCCUACCGAGAUGCCACCACCCACACAACUUGACGAUGCAAAGAAACCGACACCGCAAAAGAAUUCGCCCUUAUGGGCUGCGUCGAUCUUUGGCAUAGACACGUCUGUUCGGGAACUACAAGUGAAUCUCGAAUUUCAGAAUAGCUUUGCUAAUCUGAAAAAUAUCGUCUCUGAAGUAUAUUCUGCUUUGGGAACAGACGAUAAGAGCUUGACGAAAAGCCUCACAAAGGAGAUGCUUAUGUAUUACGCUACAUCGCUACAUCUCUGGUUGAGACUGAUUCAAAUCAAAGCUCAACGCGCACACUCAGAGUUGACGACAACCGAGAGAGAUUACCUGCGCAUCUUGACUGACGAGGAGUUAAACGUGCCACAACCAAUCUAUUUAUACAUUAAAGCAAUAGGUCAUGUGAACGAUAAAACAGGUAAAGAAAUUUAUAUAUCGGAUCAUGUGUUACCCGUUACCAAUGUUGUGAAUCGUACUGGAUACCACACAACGACUAUGACGUCGAGAAAUCACUGCCUAUUCGAAGAGGUUCCAAGUCUCGGAGUAUGUGGUGACGUUCUGAUGGCGCAAGCCUCCAGAACGGAAACAAACCCAACUUUUGGAUUUGUACCUGCUGGUCGAACGGCUAACCGGAAUUUAGCGGGCUACUUUGGUAGUGUCUCCGUUCAAAAGGAAGAAAUCGUAUUACUACUCGAAUCAUUGGGUAUAUCAAAUGCGUUAUUCCAAGAGAACAUAGAGAAUACUAGAGUAAAUCUCAAACUAAUUCAAUACGUUAGCGACUACCUGCAGAGCUCAAAGACCAAAGAAAUGAAAAAGUCAAAAUGA